UUUAAUGUGCAAUAAAAAUAUACAUCAGACUUAAAUUGUGUUAGUUUGUCAGUAAGAUUAGGGAGGUUUUUCUUGCUUUAUUUGUUCGUCGUGCGAAGUGUCAUCUUUUGUAACAUGACUCAGAGCGUCACAGGCGGAAGGUCACGGAGCAGCGGAACGGAACUGAAGCUGGGGAGUCCGCCAUUGUAGAGUGUGGUCAGAGAUAUUCCCGUAAUUAGACACUCGUCAGUCUCAGAUUGACUGAUAAAAACGCCAUCUGUGGCCGGAUCAGACACGGAAUUGACGUCUCUUCCCUGCAGACGACGAGUCGACGUUUAGAACAAACCCGAAGCAGCGCCUCGCCAUCGGGUCUGAAGCUAGGCAGGAAAAAAGCCGCCUUUUCGCGUUAACAGAGUGGUUUAAAACGAGCCAGGAAAGCAGCAAAGUGCACGCAGGCAGCAGAAGCCGUGGACAGUGUGAUCAGCAGUGGACAGUUUGGCUUCCUGGAGGAUGUCUGCGACCACAGUCGACCAGUCUCUUCUCUUCUUCCUGUGCUACCCACGAUUUCAGCGACCUAAAGGACAAGGGAAUAAAGUGCAAAAUGGAUCAAUGCAUCAGAAGGAUGGUGUGAAUGAAGAUGACUUUGAGCCAUAUCUAAGCAGCCAGACAAAUCAGAGUAACAGCUAUCCACCAAUGUCUGAUCCCUACAUGCCCAGCUACUAUGCGCCAUCCAUUGGUUUCCCAUACUCUCUGGGAGAGGCUGCUUGGUCCACGGCAGGAGACCCUCCUAUGCCCUACUUGACUACCUAUGGACAGAUGAGCAAUGGCGAGCCACACUUCAUUCCUGAUGGUGUUUUCAGCCAGCCAGGUGCUCUGGGGAAUACCCCUCCCUUUCUUGGGCAACAUGGCUUCAACUUCUUCCCAGGCAAUGCAGACUUUUCUACGUGGGGCACUAGUGUCUCUCAGGGCCAGUCCACACAGAGCUCAGUCUACAGUAACAGCUAUGGGUAUGCCCCCAGCUCACUUGGUCGGGCCAUCACGGAUGGUCAGGCUGGGUUUGGAAAUGACACCCAGCUCAGCAAGGUCCCAGUGCUAAACAGCAUUGAGCAGGGCAUGGCAGGUUUAAAAUUGGGUACGGACAUGGUGGCUGCUGUCACCAAAACAGUGGGCUCACCCUUAGGCACAGCAGGUAUGAGCAGUAUGGCAGCCAAUAACCUUCCUCCAUCUCUCAGCUCUUCUGCACCUAAACCUGCCUCCUGGGCAGCCAUUGCCAAGAAACCGGCCAAGCCGCAGCCCAAGGUCAAACCCAAAGCCAACAUGGGGAUGGGCGGAGGUGCCACCAUUCCGCCACCCCCCAUAAAGCACAAUAUGAACAUUGGCACUUGGGACGAUAAGGGCUCUCUGAACAAGCCCCCAUUAACUCAGACUAUGAUGCCCCCACAGCCUCUGGUGCAGCAGCCUCUUCUAGCUCAGCCCCAGCCCCUUCUGCAGAGUCCUUUGCCACCUCAGCACCAGCCACAGCACCAACAUCAGCCCUUCCAGCUCCAGUCUCUUCAGUCCCCCCAGCAUCCCCAUUCACUUCCCCCUGGCCCUCCACACCUCCAUUUGUCUUCUCAACCGGGGCCUCAGCAACCCCUUCAUCAUCAUCAACCCCCGCAGCCCGGUCCACCCCCAAGCCGUUGGGUGGCUCCAAGAAAUCGGGGUGAGGGCUUUGGUCUGGGUGGGGGAGGCCCACUGACUGCUCCCCCUUGUUCUGGAGAAGUGCAUCCUGUGCUAGAGAAACUGCGUACCCUCAACAAUUACAACCCCAAAGACUUUGAUUGGAACUUGAAAAAUGGGCGUGUUUUCAUUAUUAAGAGUUAUUCAGAAGAUGACAUCCACCGCUCAAUCAAGUAUUCUAUCUGGUGCAGCACAGAACAUGGCAACAAGCGCCUGGACGGGGCCUACCGCUCCCUGGGAAACAAGGGACCCCUCUACCUGUUGUUUAGUGUCAAUGGCAGUGGACACUUCUGUGGUGUGGCUGAAAUGUGCUCACCGGUGGACUACAAUGCCUAUGCAGGCGUGUGGUCUCAGGACAAGUGGAAGGGCAAAUUUGAGGUGAAGUGGGUUUUCAUCAAAGACGUGCCCAACAACCAGCUGCGACACAUCCGGCUGGAGAACAAUGACAACAAGCCAGUGACCAACUCCAGGGACACUCAGGAAGUGCCUCUGGAGAAGGCCAAACAAGUGCUUAAAAUUAUCGCCACUUACAAGCAUACCACCUCAAUCUUUGAUGACUUUGCACAUUAUGAGAAACGUCAGGAAGAAGAGGAGGCACUGAGGAAGGAACGCAGUAGAAAUAAACAGUAACCUUCGAGCAAGUUGUCUGCUAGAACUGCAACACUAAUGACGUAGGACCUUAAAUAAUUUGCCUAACCACAAUGAGGAAAGGCUUUCACAAUCUUUCCGUCAAGACGUGUAUCUGAACACAUGAACAUGGACUCAUCUAUAUCCCCAUGUUCCCGUGUCUUACAGAACAUAACCCACUUUAAAAAAAAAAAAAUUCUUUCAAGCACUUUCAGUCCUUCUCAUCUGCCUCUUUAAUGCCCUUAAUGCUCUAAUUAUGUUUGUGAGCGACUGACUAAUCAGAGUAGUCCCAUUUCACCAGGUUUAAUUGUGAUCUUUUUUUUUUUAUUAUUAAAUGCCUCAAAUAUUUUGGAUAUUAGUGAGCUUCAUCCGCUCCUGAAGAGAUUUAAAGAUGAUCUGUAUAAAUAAAUAUUUUACUUGAACGUGUAUUCAGCUGUCUGAUCCUGUGGAUCCUGAUCCUGAGGCUGUGGAUGAUUGACAGGUGGGGGGGGGGGGUGAAUUAAGUGGGGAAAACGGCCACGAUCACACCAAUAAUUAAAAUGUAUCCUCCCACUCUGUUCCCUACUUAUUUUUGCAUCUGUUUCUAUGUACCAAAAGAUUAACAUUAUGCAGCAGGCUGGUGAGCACCAGCUAGUGCACAUUUUGAUUUUUCUCUCAUGUCAUUCUGAAGUGCGUUUGUCUGAGGAGAAACCUGCUGCUCACAGAGGACCAGCGCUGGCCUCCAUUGGCCGUGUGGCUGGGCUGUCUUUGCUCUGAUGUUUGUGUACUUGCCAGUACCUCGGGUUCAAUCAGAUUGUCUGUCCUAAUCAACUCCAGCACUAUGGCUGGACCUCCACAUCACAGUACCCCCCCCCCCCAAAAAAAAACAAACAAACAAAAACAGCAAAAGAACAACAGCAAGGAUGUGACAGUUUUCUCCUCUAGGUAACUCACUAGCUGAAUAAAAAUGACUCAUUUAGCUCA